GGCACGCUGGGCAAUGGAGUCCUCAAAGGGCGUAUCCCUCUGCGCUUGCGCAUCUGCAGCCACCCCUGUUCAACCCCGCAGAGGUUUGAGUGACAUUUCACCAUCUACAAGCCUCCCACCUCUGGUUGAAGGCCAAUUACGCUGCUUUCUAAAACUUACUAUUAAUAAAGUCAUAUGGAAGAUUGCAAAGCCUCCAACUUGUGUACUUGUCCGAGUAAGAUGGUGGGGAGAAACCACAGCUGGAACACUCUUUUGUCCCAGGGAUGCAUUGCAGACUGAACCAAAAUCUGUGAGAACAACUACACGCUAUGCUAUUCGCUGUGGUCCAAAGCAGUUCACCUCUUAUCUAACAGAUAUGGCUGUAUUGGUACUGGAAGUAAUCACCAAACUUGAUCAUCUUCCAAUUGGUAAAGUUCAGAUCAGUGGACUAGCUCAGCUUUCUCCAACCCAUCAAAUCAAUGGACUUUUUACCAUUGUUUCACCAACAUCAAAGAAACUUGGAGAACUUCAGGUCUCACUUGCUCUGGAGCCUCUGUCAGAAACUUAUGAUAGCUACAAUACUCUUCCUACCACUGACAUGACAGAAAAUGUGCUUUUGUCUGAGCGGGGAUUCGGAGACAAUGCUGAAUCUAGCAAUACCCAGUUUUUGAUUCCAUCAAGGUCUCACGAGAUACCUAGCAUUAAAAUUGAUGGAAAAGAGUUAGCCAACAGUAGUAGAUCAACAACACCGAGGGGAAAGGAUCACUUGUACUUUACAGAUAACGCUGAUGUGGUAAAGGAUUCUUUCUUUGGACUGCAGCACCAUCUUAAUUCAGGACAGAAUUUAGAGUCUGAAAUUCUAAAAGGCAAAGCUCCACGGAAGCAGAUGUCCCUUCUCAACAGUUCUGAAUUUCAGCCUCAAAUUAAGACAGUUGCCAAGAGUCAUAGUGAUUCAUGCAUUCUUUCUUCAAACAACCCUCCUACCAAGGACCUUCUUUCAGCUCUGUUAGAACAAGGCAAUAAACUGCGUAAUGCCAUGAUGAUUUCGGCAAUGAAAUCAAGCCCAGAUACUAGCAUGUUGUUGGACAAAGUUGAUCCUCCUCCAAAAGAAGAUUCUCUUAGAUCAUCAACACAAAUUGGAGCCUUGUCUAACAAUCAAUUUAAAGACCGCAGUGCAGGUCACCUCCUCCCUCCCACUGAGAGUACAUUUUGGAAACAUGAUGAAAAAACUGACACGAGAGCUCUACAGCUGCUAUUAGGCAGUGCUGAAUUAUCCCAAGGUCAUUUCUGGAAUGGAUUAGGCUCUCCUCCAGAUUCCCCAUGUCCUGGGAGUGAUGUAUAUUGCAGCAGUGAGCUGAAUGACCCUCAAUAUGACCAGAGUCUCCUGGAGAACUUAUUUUACACAGCACCUAAAUCUGAUGCCAGCAUCAGUGAUUUUCUCAGUGAAGAUGAUGAUGUGAUCCCUUCUAAAAAAAUGAACCAGUCAAGAUCUCUUGUUAAAUCUUCUAAGGUUAUGGAUUCAAGUGGUCAAAAGCUGAAAAAGAGGGCAGAAAACAAGAAAAAUAGAAAUUUGAUUGGACAACAUGUGUUCCCAAAAGCUCCAGAAAAUGCCCAAGUGAUGACACUCAAUGUAGAUAGACUGGCCCUUCUGGGUAGGACACAUUCAGUCAGAAUCAUCAUCGAAACCAUGGGAAUUCCUCCAGAUAGUCCUCCGAUGACUCCUAAGAAAAGCUUUCCUGGAAGACCACCUAAGCUGACAACAGCAAAAAAGCGCACUUUCUUUGUGGAAUAUCACUUUCCUGUGGGCUUUUCCAAAAGUAGAUCAGAAAAGUCAUCUUUGAUCACCGAAGUUGUUCGACUUGCCUCCAGUAAAGUUACAGAUGGAAUGGUGAAAUUCCAGCAGCGAUUUGUGUUUCCAGUGCAGUUUGGUGGCCCAAUGGUAGAGCACUGGUGGAAUUCUAACCUCACUUUCCAAAUUUAUGCAAAGAAAACGCCACAGAAAAAGCCAGAAGUCAUUGGAGCUGCAUUACUUCCUUUGCGAGCUGUCAUUCAAUCAGAGCUGCUGUCUUUCAGCAACCAACUUCCAGUGCAACAGGAAAAUGGUCAGACUCCAUUUGGCCCUCUGAAGGUAACCAUGGAGCUUGUUACAGAUAACAAGGAUUUCACUGGUGUCAAUACUGAGUUAAGUAACAGUACCCAGCGUACCCCACUUUGUGUUGCUGCAAGUCCAGAUAAGACACUAUUAGAACCCAGUCAAGAUACUACUUGUACCAAAAAUCCACAGAACCUAAAUCAAAUGCAAGAGGAAACUACAAAGAAAACACAAAAAUUGGUGCUCUCCAACGCAAAGUCACCAAGCCCUGUAGCAACAAAUUCUUCAACCUUCAUGGCUGUGCCAGCUUCCCAUAAUUUAGUAAAUCAGACAAAUGAGUCAACAAAAGAAAAUGCCUUGCUGUUGCAUGUGCUGUUGAUGGUGCCAGAUGGGAAAGACUUCAUUACUGGAAAAUCCGAGAAACAACCAUCAUGUAAUGUUUAUUUAAAUUGUAAACUCUUCAGCACAGAGGAAGUCUCCAGAUCUAUCAUAGCAUGGGGUACAACACAACCAGUCUUUAACUUCUCUCAGGUGAUUCCUGUCUCUCUCUCUUCCAAAUACCUGGAAAGGCUUAAGAACAAUGUGAUGGUAAUUGAAACUUGGAACAAGGUGCGGAGCCCAGGACAGGACAAGCUGCUCGGGCUGGUGAAACUCCCUCUCCAUCAGUUUUACAUGUCAUUCAAAGAUCCCAAGAUUUCUCGCCUGCUGCUUGAUGCCAACUACCCAGUUGUUGCUGUCGACAGCUACAUGCCUGUGAUUGAUGUGUUUUCAGGCCACCAAAAUGGGAGUCUUCGAGUCUUUUUAGCCAUGGGUUCUUCAGAUCAGAUAAUGGCACUGCAAAGAUUAAAGAAUGAAGAAGGAACACUCCCUCCCUUCAGCCCUAGGCCAUCCCAUUUCCUGGACCAGCCAUCUGUAGCAUCUGUUGCUAUGGUGAAGGACCAAGGAGAUAGACUGAUGGAGCACCACUUUGAGUUCCAUGUAGUGAUGGUUAAAGGGCUAACCCCUCUUCAGGCAACAGUCUGGGGAGAAGCAGAUUGUUUUGUCCAGUACUACUUUCCAUUUCAAGAAUCGCAAUCCAGUGUGCUCAAAGGAUCUGACUGCCUUGAAAAUGGAAUUAGUCUGAAGCCCUUUAGAACGUCAACCACACUCUGUGUUCCAGAUCCCAUCUUUAACAGUGAGCACCAUCACUCUCUCCUCUUGCCAUCUGAAGUUCCAGUGCAAAGGUUCCUGCUAAGCGCCUUCUCACAGGGGCUCAUACCUGGAGGUGGAGUCCAGUUUGAAGUCUGGUGCAGGUACUAUUAUCCUAAUGUGAGAGACCAGAUGGUCGCCAAAGGAACCUUGCCAUUAUCAAGGAUCUCUGCCAUGGUAACCAUGCAGCACUGUGAAGUUGUGGGAAUGCAGAACUUCAAUCUCCCUUUAACCUCCAGGUUUGAGAACAAGAAAGAAUUGAGGAACCAGUCAUCAGGUUUACUGGAUGUGGGCCUAAGGUACUGGAAUAGCCCAAGAACAGCAGAGGGAAUUCUUGCUGCUCGAGCUGUCUCCAUCUCAGUCCAGAUAAUCAGAGCCUGUGGUCUGCAAGCAGCAGCCAAGGCCUUGGCUGAGCAGGAGCCUGCUCUACAGUUUAAUGCCACAGUUGGAGUCAAUGCCUCUGUCACCACUCAUCUUUCAUUUCUGCCCAAGGGAGAGCAGCGCCGAACCCGUCCUGUGGCCUGUUCCUUCUGCCCUGAGUUCUCCCAUCACAUUGAGUUCCCUUGUAACUUGGUAACUCAGCACUGUAGUGGAGAGGCCUGUUUCCUGGCAGAGCUGUUGGAGUUUGCAGAAAUUAUUUUUGCUAUCUAUCAUGAAAAUACCAAGUCAGUCAGUGAUAUAGCCAGUAUCCAGUCAUGUAAAGAUUAUCUGCUUGGAGUAGUAAAGGUUCCAACAAAAGAGCUGCUGGUCAAGAGAUCUGGAAUCACAGGAUGGUAUCCUGUCAUUUUACCAGAAGAUGAAGGCCUCCCUCACAGCUUGGAGUUUAUGCAGAAGAUUGUAGGUGGUCUGGAGCUUUCAAUUUCCUUCACCCAUCCCGGAGAUAGAGAACGGGUAUUGGAAGCUGCUGAGCUGUUGGGCUGGAGCUUUGAGAAUAGCCUGAAGGAUCUCAUCAAGAUGGAUCAAGAAGAACCAGCUACUGUCACCAUCUCCACCCCAAGACUCUGGCUGCCCAACCAUUGUGUGCUGCUUGCUGGCCACAAGCACAUUCAUAAGAAUACAUAUUGCUACCUUCGCUAUAAGUUGUAUGAUCAUGAAGCCUUUUGGACCCCUCUCAGGAAGCCUAAGGAAUCUGCUGACAAAAACCAGGUUAUGGUUACUUUCAAAGCAUCCAAAAGAGCAGAAGUCACUCGGGGCCCAUCACUGCUUUGGUACUUCAGGGAAGAAAGGCUAGAGAUCCAAGUGUGGCGAGCUUAUGGCAACGAUAGUGUGGAGAGGCCCCACCAGACAGACAGCUGGAUUGGCUCAGCCUAUGUGGACUUGGCCAGACUUGGGGAGAGGUCAGCAAGGACACUAACUGUCAGUGGUGUGUAUCCUCUGUUUGGACGAAAUGCUUCCAAUCUCUCCGGAGCUGCCUUGCGAGUUCAUGUGGUUCUUUCCCCUCUUUCUCCACACACUGAGCCCACUCAUGAGCUGGACUCCAUGGACUGCAGUAGCCACAGUGAGUCUGAGCAGCUCCCCAGCAGAAAUAAGGAGAUUCAACUCUCUCCACCCUGUGGCCACCAGAAGUCUCCUGCCUCCACCCAGAUCCCCUGCAACAGCACAACAGCUGAAGUCCACCUGGCACACAAGGACCCUGCUGAGUUAGAUGGAACUUUUGCAGUCAGCAUCCUGGUAGAAAGAGCGAUGCACUUGAGCUUGAAAGGGAGUCCCUUGACAGAGCGGAAAGUAUCCAUACCCAGUUGCUGUGUAUCCUUUGCAACAGCAAAUGAACCAACUCCAAUAUACACCAAUGUAGUUGAAAACACAGAUUCUCCCAUCUGGAAUUUUCAACAACAGUCAAGGUUAUCAAAAGAGCUUCUUCUGGAUCCACAGCAAACUCUGGUCUUCAAAGUUUGGCAUAAAGGAGAUGAGGAGAGAGUAAUUGGCUUCGCCUCAGUGGACCUUUCCCCACUGCUCUCUGGCUUCCAGUUUAUCUGCGGCUGGUACAACAUCACGGACUUCAGUGGAGAGUGCCAGGGGCAGAUAAAAGUUGCUAUCUCCCCUUUGGAAAGUCUGAUGCACCUCAAAGAAGAAAGACAAGCAAGACGUGGGGUAGAGACCCCACGGUCACUGAUCCCAAUAUACCGCCCCUUUUCCUUUCCUACUUCUAAUAUGUGUGCUGCAUUUCCCAGUCUUAUUGCAAGACAGACCCAAGACCAGCUUGCUCAUAUCUCUUCAAAGGAGUUAGAUUUCUUCUCUUCUGUAAGAAGUGGUACCUCAAGAAGCCAGGCAUCCCGCCAUGAAGAGCAUGUGCAGAACAUCCGCCGAUUUCAUGAAUCACUGCAGCAGGGAGAGGCAAUCUUGACAAGUGAUGACAAACUGACCACAUCGCCUUUGUCCUCUCACACCUCCAUCCUGACUUCUCUCAGGAAGAAUCUGAGUGAGCUAGAUCAGAUCCAGCAGUACUUCAGCCAGAAGCUCAACAAGCCUUCCCUGCCUCUCAGCCCUCAUGCUCAUCCUGCUGUCUUGGAGUGCCAGGAGAGCCCUAAUAAGGACCAUUUUGUACCACAAACCAGCAGCCUAGACCCUGAGAGCCAGUGCAUCCUGGAGAAAUCCAGUAACCUCGUGUCACAAGUCAGCUCCUUAAUCUCCGAUCUGCAGACUAUCACCAGGGAUUCUCAAGCAGCUUUGACUUUUCACCGGGCCAGUAGAAGCAGAAAGGUCACUACCGUCCCAGAUGUGCAGGACACAGAGGCCAUGGAAGAACAAAGCACAAUUCGAGAUGAGCCAUUGACAAAAGCUGUAGAGGAAGACACAAAUUUCCUGCCUCCACCUUCUCUUGAAGACACUUCAAGCAGAGGAGGAAUGUUCCCUGAGGCCCUGGGGCAUACAGUACCCCUUAUAAGGAUGCAGAAUAGUGAGGACACUGAGGCAGGCCCAGACUACAGUGAUGAGGACUAUGAAGAAGACAUCAUUGAGCCCAGAACCCUAAAUGAAAUCACCACCGUGACAGACAAAACUAGCCCUUGGUCUAGUUUCAUGUCAGACAUAAGUGAGGUCAUCAUCCCUCAGCCUGAUGAGGUGCAGAGGGAAGGCUCCUCCUCUCCUUCUCCAGGGCCUUUCCCCAGAGAGGACCUCAAGGUUAGAAGUAGCUUUCAGUCCAGCCCUGAAAGGACUAUCAACCCCCACCUGCCUAGGAAGGGCUCUCCUAGCCCAGGUCUUGUUGCUUGUGAAGGUAGGACCCCUAAGGCCAUGGUUAGAGAGCCUGUCUCAGCCAACCCUCAACUUACUACACACCUAAUGCUCUCAGGAGCCCAAGAGAGCAAUGCUUCUGUUGGAUGGACCUCACUACAGGCAGAUCAGGACAAGGAGCCCAAAGCAGAUGCCUCCAGUGAGUUCAGUGACUCUGUUGAUAGCUUUGAGACAUUUCCUCUACACCUAGCCUCCCAAAGUAAAAGGGAAAACCAUAGGGAGCCAUCCAUGGACUCACCUGACAUCAGGCAGAAGCAGGUGACAACUGGAUCCGAAGUGUCCACAAGGCAGAGCAUCCUUCUGUAUCCUUUGGUGUUUCCCACAUGUGGCCCCUUAGGCCAUCUCCAGGCAUUUUGGAUGCUGGCUUUAGGCUAGCCAAGUGUGGGUGUGAGUGGUUGCCACUUCCUGUGCUCUGAGGGAUAUGGGAAUACC